AUGUCGUCAUCUCCGCCGCCGCACGCAGACCAUUUCAGCCGCCGCCGCGCCGCCGAUCCUUCUGCCUCAAACACCGUCCGCCCUCCCCAUCCACCACCUCCCGCAGCCGGCUCAUAUGCGCGCGGCGGUGAAACCAUGCAGCCCCGUUCAGCGCCGCUGCCGCCGGUGAACUUUACCCCCAUCGUCAGUCGUCCUCCUAAUCGUAUUAAUCCGAAUAACCGCAUGUCUAAUGCCGCAGCAUCGCUGCUCCGGUAUCAAGAUCAGUACUUGUACGAUGACAGGUACUUUUUCGAUGAAGAAGAGGUGGCCCUAAUUUUAGAGUUAUCGGACGACGACGAUGACGACGACGUCGUAAUUCUCGACGACAACAACUUCACCGGUGGUGGUGGUGGUGGUGGUGGUAGUAGUAAUAAUAAUAACGGUGGGCUGUCGGAGCGAACUAUUUCCCAGAAUCUGAGGACAAGGUCUUCUUUGGAAGCUAAUGUAGAUAAUUAUGAGCAAGAAGUUUGUGUUAUAUGCCAGGAUGAUUUGUUCGGAGAACACGAGAAUAUUAUCGCCACCCUUGAUUGCGGCCAUGUUUAUCAUGUGGAGUGCAUCAAGAAUUGGCUUCGGACGAAGAACGAGUGUCCGAUUUGCAAAGCCAGGGCGCUGAAUUUCAAUUGA